CGUUAACGGAGGGAUCCUUCCGGCUUCGUCUUUCGGCUACAUUUUAUUUGAGUAUCCGGCUGCUGACUGCUGGCGUACGGGUAGCCGACCGGGCGAAGCAUCAUGAACGGACAGGCCCUCUUAUACGGUGGGGUGACAGUGGCUUUCUGGAGCACCUUGCUCGUCGUGGGUAUUUGCUAUACAAUAUUUGACCUUGGAUUUCGGUUUGAUGUUGCCUGGUUCCUGACGGAAACCUCCCCGUUCAUGUGGGCUAACCUGGGCAUUGGCCUGGCCAUCUCGCUGUCUGUGGUGGGGGCAGCCUGGGGAAUCUACAUCACUGGGUCCAGCAUUAUCGGCGGAGGUGUCAAGGCGCCGAGGAUCAAGACGAAGAAUCUGGUCAGCAUCAUUUUCUGUGAAGCUGUGGCCAUCUAUGGGAUCAUCAUGGCCAUCGUCAUUAGCAACAUGGCAGAGAACUUCAGUGGGACCACCCCAGAUACCAUAGGAUUUAAGAACUACCAAGCUGGGUACUCCAUGUUUGGGGCUGGCCUCACUGUGGGCUUCUCCAACCUCUUCUGUGGCAUCUGUGUGGGCAUCGUGGGCAGCGGUGCAGCCCUGGCCGACGCCCAGAACGCCAGCCUCUUCGUGAAGAUUCUCAUCGUGGAGAUCUUCGGAAGUGCCAUCGGGCUGUUCGGCGUCAUCGUGGCCAUUCUGCAGACAUCGAAAGUCAAAAUGGGUGACUAGACGACCAAGAAGAGGGGAAGCAGCAGGACCUUCCUGAGAAGCAGUUUUGGUUUAUUGUAUUGUGUACAUAUGAAGUAUUUAUUUAAUGGCUCUUUCUGGCGUAUCCAAGACUUUCACCCAUUGUUCUCCAUUGUGUUUGUGACCCUCCAGGCCCCAGUAAUCAGGAUGUCUUAAAGAAGUGUGACAUGCAAGCUUGCAGUUUUUUCAGGCACACACCAAGUGGAUGUGACACUCGAUUCUAGUUCAUAAACAUACUCAACAGCGAUUCAGUUUUAGGGUGCAUGGGACCUUGCAGGUGUGAAAUGGUAUCAGGCUGCUCUGAGCACUGGCGGGAGCUGAACGCCAGUCUGCUGGUGUUAAGGCUCCCCUGAGGUUUGAGAAGAUAACUUAUACUUGGCAAGAUGUGAACUUAGCAGAUACAUCAGUAAGUGAAAGAUUAAACAUGAGAGUUUUAUGGUGAAGAGUGGUGUCCUGCGUUUGACCCCUGCCUUCCCUCAUCUGUCUGUUAAUGCACGCAGCGCAAUGGUGAACACAAGGGCCGUCCUUGUGCUGUCGUUGAACCUAGUGUGUAGUGUGGUGGUUAGCGGAUUAGCCGGCGCUGUGUGUGUAGCAUCAGGUAGUGUUGGUGGUGUGAUGCCAGGCCUUUGCUCUGUUUGUACCGCAGCCUGCAGAGGGCUCGCUGCCUCACUGCUCCCUUCCAUGAAUUUUUUUCAUUGAUGCUGCCCCUCAGCUCUAUUCCACAUGGCUUUUUUUUUCCUGCUGAGAUCCAGCCUGCAGAGGGCCUGCUGCCUGACUGCAGUUUGAUCUUCUGUCUCUGUACCCGCUGACUUGGAGGGCACGCAGCUGCUUGGUGGUGACGCUGGAGCCACAGCUCCUUGCUUGUGAUGGAAGGCGUGUAAGUGGUUCCUGAGCACGGCCUUCUGCUUUGGCUGCCAUCGUCUCUGACCUCUUGAGACCCAGGCUCACUCGAGAAGGGCAGCUGUUCUCCUGCCUAGUGUUUGGUGUGUUUUUCCAUGGAAUACUUCAUACGUGUGCAUGUGUAUGCAUUUUUUUGUUCAUAUUGCUGAAGUGCGGGUCUUGUUUUAUUUUUGAAACCAACAUAGCCGGUUCUGCUCCAUUUACCAGUUAAGGAGUGUGUGGCAUAUAUAAACAGCCAGUGCCUCACCCAGUGUCAUGUUUGAUCAUCAAACUAGUAGCUGAAAGUGUCCUGAUUUUAAUUUGCAGUCCCUCUAUGCUGGAAUUACUGGCACCAUAGCCCUUUCUUUCUGGUUAGGUACAGAGUUCCAUGGGAGCAGCUGUUUUGAACUCUGUUAUAUGUUGACCUUGAGAUUUGUUGACUCUACUGUCAUUUGCUCAUGUUAUAAGGUGUAAGUCAUGUAAAAUUACAUGCCUACUUGGGUUUCUUUUCUAUUCUGAACUGUAGCCUGGGCAACUGCCACAUAUUGAAUUGGCAUGAGUGAGUGUCUUCAGGUUAAAGACGUGUGACCCCCGCCCCCCCCCCCCCCCCCCCCCCACCACGCUCUGCUGUAUAGUUAGAUUCAGGUGAAAUUGUUCCUCAAUAUUUGUAAUGACAUUUUAAUAAACAUGUUUGACCAAUCAUGGUAUUCCCUUGCAUGUCGUCAUACUUUUUCUUUGAUGAAAACUCGUUAAUGUAAUUGUUCCCCUUAACAUAGACCUUAGUCUCAAUUUUUGUCAUGGUGUUUGAAAUGUUGAUGAUGUGAAUCUGUUUUGUUUUCCUGGAGAUGUGUUGAACUUGAUUAUUUGUCAUUGAAAUUCUGUGGAGGAAUAAAACAUUCAAACACUGAA